AUGCUCCCUGGUGCUUCUUCCCCGAGGACAGUCCCUACGGCUACUCCCUGGGCGGCAACACCGAGAAGACGGCCAAAGGCUGGAGGGAAGCACGUGUGGCUCCUUCCCCACUGCGGUCCGGCGCUGUGCGGUGACCGCCGCGGCCACCCCGGGGGUGGCUCGCCAGAGACCUUCCACGAGCUGCUUCGCUAUCGCCCGCUCAGCUUGCGACGAGGAGGACGAUGGACGUACUUCCCUGCGUGUAAGCCGCGCAGAGUUGGGGUCCUGUGUUCGCACCACGCUGCCGAGCUGACAUGGAAUAGCCGAGUUGCUCCCCCCGGCCCGCACCAGGGUGGUCGCAGGCAGCGAGCGGUUGCGGUGGGCACCAGCACGUGUUUCUGCCGCAGGGUGACACUGAACAAGCGCCAGGCCUUGUCCCUCUUUGGAAAUGACGUUUCCCCAGUCGUCUUGGAAGUGGAGUUCCAGACAAGGGACAGGUUCCGGUUCAGGCUCUACGACCCCAACAGGCAGCAGUUUGAAGUCCCACUCAAGAUUGACUCCCCCGGGGUUACUGCUGAUGAGGCCAGCUACGACGUGGAGUUUGUGGAUGACUCCUCACACUUCAGGAUCAAGAGGAAAAGCACCGGCACUGUGCUGUGGGACAGUCCCCUGGUUGAUCUGUUUUUCUCUAACCGGUAUCUUCAGAUUACAACUACUGUGCCAUCCACUUCGGUGUAUGGGUUUGGUGAACACGAGCAUCCAUCCUUCAAACACAGCAUGGACUUUGUUACCUACGGCAUGUUCAGCAGGGAUCAGGCACCAGCGCCAUUUGCGAACCUCUAUGGAGUUCACCCUUUCUAUAUGUGUGUAGAAGCUGACUCCAAUGCCCAUGGUGUUCUCCUUCUGAAUUCCAAUGCACAAGAUGUUUCUCUGAGUCCAAACCCAUCUUUAACUUUCCGCACUAUUGGAGGGAUCCUCGACUUCUAUGUCUUUCUUGGACCGAGUCCCGAAAACGUAAUUCAGCAAUACACAGAGGCCAUUGGACGCCAACACAUGCCUGCCUACUGGUCUCUGGGAUUUCAUCUCUCCCGAUGGGGUUAUGGCAGCAUUGAUGUUUUAAAGAAAACUGUUGAUCGCAUGCAUUACUAUGAUAUACCAUAUGAUGUUCAACAUCUUGAUAUCGACCACGUGGAACAUCGCCUGGACUUUACCUACAAUAAGGUGAAUUAUGCAGGUCUGCCAGAGUACCUCCAACAGCUGAAGAAGGAAGGAAUGCACAAUGUUGUGAUUCUGGACCCUUUCAUAACUAAGGAUGAAGAACCAGGCACCUACAGGCCUUAUGAUCUUGGAGAGGAAAUGGGAGUCUGGGUGAACAACUCUGAUGGUGUAACUCCUGCUGUUGGAAAGGCCUGGCCCCCCGGAGACUCGUUGUUUCCCGACUACACCAACCCCAGGACAGUUGAGUGGUGGACCCAGAUGUGUCUGGAGUUUAAGGAUGUCCUUGAUUAUGAUGGGAUCUGGAUUGAUAUGAAUGAACCAUCCAAUUUCUUAAGAGGCCAGCAUACUGGAUGUGCUGUUAAUGAUAUCAAUAACCCUCCUUACGUUCCUAGCAUUUCUGAUCAUUCCCUGGCACAAAAGACAUUGUGUCCUGACUCCAAGAUUUACCUUGGAGAGCAUUAUAACACACACUCUCUCUUCGGCUGGUCACAGACAGCACCAACUUUCCAUGUUGCCCAGCAGGCAACUGGAAAGCGAGCGUUUGUCUUGAGUCGGUCUACGUUUGUUGGCAGUGGGAAGCAUGGGGGUCACUGGCUUGGUGACAACUUCUCUCAGUGGAAGGACAUGCAUCAGUCAAUCAUUGGAAUCCUGGAGUUCAACCUCUUUGGCAUCCCCUACAUUGGUGCUGAUAUCUGUGGAUUUAACUAUAACACUACCUACGAACUCUGCUUGCGCUGGAUGCAGCUUGGCUCUUUCUAUCCAUUUUCCAGAAAUAACAAUGCAGAGGGAAAUAGCGGAAAAGACCCAGCGGUGUUCGGAGAAGAGUUUGCCAAGAUAUCUCGCACUACGCUUCAGAUCAGAUACUCACUGCUGCCAUACUUAUACACCUUGUUCUUUGAGUCUCAUGUUCAUGGAAACACAGUGGUGAGGUCACUGAUGCACGAGUGA